CACAACCAACCCACCAACGACAAUACUUAAUUUUUACUGGGAACAUUCUUUGAAAGGCCACUUCAGUGCCGCAACUUCUGACGAUUCUCAAGACCCAUUUAUUGCGAAGCUGACUUACCAUAGCACCUGGUUCUGACCUAUGCUUUGUGUCAGUGUCAACCUUGCACUGAGUAAUUUUGACGCAAUUUUGACGAAGUGCUUGUACGAGGUUCUCAUACCAUCACUCCCUCCUCCUAAAAAGAAAACUUCGAAAUUUGAACUUACUCUAACAGAGGGAUCUAGGGCAAUAAAACUGUUGGGGAUUUCGAAGUCGCCUUUCAAGUUUUUGUUCAUGCCCGUGCACCAUGUCGAUUUCAAGCCCAGAGGUACCUCCGUUUAUCUCAAUGACAGCCGUGCUCCUAUAGAUCUUGCCAUACUGUGUAUACUGUAUGGCCUGAAGGCAUCCAGCGCAACUCCACUCGAGACCCUGCACGGCGCUUACCAGCUGAAAAAGCUCUCCGAAUGAUGAAGUUCAUGCAUACGAGGAGUUUUGAAUCUCAUUUUUUUAUUUAUAAACUCGUACACACGGUAUUGAAAAGUCAUUUGCAA